CUCUACCUCUACCUCUACUUGCACAUCACCUACUAGCUCCAGAUCACAUCAAGUUCAUCUAGGAUCGCUCUAAACGGGUACAUCUAGAGUCUGUCGCUCCCGUUGCCGACCAUGGUUGGCGUCAGACCAAGCACAAACACCCCUUCGCCGGACCCUCUGUCGCUGAACGAAGCAGCUUCAGAAGCGGAGGACAUGAUCAUAAUUCAGAGCAGACCUCGGCGAGAACCUCCUACAACGCCCAAAUCUGGUCGGAAGAGUGGGGUCACCGUGAAGACACCGACGAAAACGCCGAGUAGGCGAAAACGAAAGGCAGAAUCGGAGCAAGAGGAAGAGCAGGAUGGGGCCGAUGGGGAGAGUUCUACUGCAGCUGCAGCAUCGGCAUUGAAACGCAAUCCUAGCAAGAGGGUCAAAAAAUCGCAAGAAAUACCAGUCGCUUCCAAAUCGAAAUCUAGAGGAAGAGCGGCUCAAACGAAGGUGUCGAAAGCCGUUUCAAGUCUGAACGAAGAAAACAACGGAGAGUCAUCAAACAAGGCCAAUGCGCAUGAGCCAGAGACGGAAGAUGGUUUACGGACACCGAGGAAAAGGGUCAUACCCAAGAAGUACGAUGACAACGUCCUCGCACCAAAAUCUGGGCGCAAACCGCGGACACCGAAGGCUCAACCCGUAAAACCCGCCGCUCCCGAACGUAAAGCUAGAGCCGGCACAAAACAAGUCGAUCCCUCAGAUGCUGUCAGAGACGAAGGCUCUUCGUCGGGCUCGGAUGAUCAAGAUUCGAACUCGGACGAGGAUGAUGGCGAGGACGCCUUCGAACUCGACUCGAAGAUCUCUCGAGCAAAGUUUUUGGAAAACGAGCGACGUCGAAAACUGAACGGCGCGAGGAAUUUUGUCUUUACGGGCGACGCUAAUGAGGCGAGGAGGACGAGAAGCGGGAAGGCUGUCGUCGCGGUCGAGGCUGACGUCGAGGACGAGGAAAUCAUGAAUGAUCAGGUCGGGAAAGAGAUGGCUGUGGAUGGGGAGCAGACCGGGGACGCCGCCGCUUUUGAAGAUAGAACUGGGGAUGAGAAUAUGGAAAUCGACCUGGGAGUAGACAUCGAUUAUACCGUCCCUGAAGAUCUUGAAGUCCAGGAUCAUCCCACAGAAUCCCGGCCAGCUCCUUCAGCUGCCAUCAACCAAGUCUCUCCUUUCAUCCAGGCCCGACUCAAUACGAUAUUAAGUAACCUCUCCGCACCGCCAUCCUGGAACCCGGCCCCUUUUGCGACAGAAGGACCGGAAAAUGAAGCAUUGACGUCGUUAGUGAAUCUGCUUAGAGGAACGAUCGAAAGGGGGGAGGGGAAUAGCUGCCUAGUGGUAGGGUCUAAGGGGAGCGGGAAAUCGAGGACAGUAAACAGAGCCAUCGAGAUUGCCAAAUCGAUCCCUACGCCGGCGGACGAGCCGCAACCGGACCAAAGCAUACCGAUCGUCGUCCGCCUGAACGGUCUGGCGCAGACAAACGACAUGCUGGCGAUCAGGGAAAUGGGGAGACAGAUCGCUCAGCAGGAAGGACAAGAUGAGGAGGUUGAUGAAGAGGAGGAAACUAGUCUGGUGGUUGAUGCUUCUGCUCCGACAACGCUGCCAUCGCACCUCUUGACGUUCUUGACGGCCUCGUCUGCGAGGUCGAUUAUCGUAAUUAUCGAAGGAUUCGACCUCUUCACCGAACAUGCCAGGCAGGCGUUGCUAUACUGCUUAUUGGAUGUCGUGCAAAGCGUUAGGACAGGACCGGUCGAGAGCACAGGUAGAGGCGUGGCGGUUAUCGGAGUGACCAGCCGAGUCGACACGCCCCUUCUGUUGGAGAAACGUGUCAAAUCCCGAUUCUCACAGCGAAUAUUCAGGGUAGUCUCGCCAUUGGCUCUCGAUGGCGGCUCGGCAUGGAAGAACCUGUUGGAAAACGCUUUGUUACCAUCCGAUGGCUUAGACUCGGUAACAGACGAAGAGGAACACCGCUGGACAGCCGGAUGGAGAACCAAGAUACAGACGCUGCUAGCCGACGAGAGCGUCAUUACGGUCGUCUCGCGGUUAUGCAGUCUGACAACAGACCCGAGGCUGUUGUACAGGCCGUUCGCUCAGCUGGUUGCAGAUCUACUGGUAGAUCCGACUCUGCCGCUUACAGCCGAGACAGUGGUCGCUCGAGUGCAGGGUCAGACAGAAGGGACCGGAUGGGGAAAGAAGCUCGAGCAAUUACAUGGGCUCUCCCAACCCGACCUGGUCAUUCUAAUUAUAGCCAAGCACUUUUCCUAUGCGGGGAAAGAAGAGUUCAACUUUGCGAUGGCAGAACACGAAUACAACCGGUUCGCACGGACAGAGUUGGCCGCGAGCGGAAGGACGAAAUGGAGCGGGACGACGUUGCAAGCGGGCUGGGAGCAUCUUCUUUCCAUCGGUCUUAUUUUCCCGGCGACGCGGUUUAGACCGAAUACUAACCCACACAUGCAACGUUUCAUCAUGUGCAGGUCAUUGCUCACUCGAAGCGAGAUCAUCGGAUUCUUCAAGGGUGAGGGAGGAAAGAUGUUGAGUACAGAGCUGGCGAAUUGGGGCAGAAUGGCAGGAGGUCACGCUUGAAGUGCCAGACAGGAAUUUUGUAUCCCGUAUCAUAUCCGUCCAUUUACCUGCGGGCAAUCAUCAUG